AUGGCUGCCUCUACCGGUUCCACCAAGGUCGACGCCGUCGUCCAGAACAUCAAGGCUGAGACCCCCGAGAAGAAGACUGGUUUUGCUCUCUACUCCCGAUUCGCCCUUGCCGGUGCUGUCUGCUGUUCCGUCACCCACGGUGGUCUCACCCCCGUCGAUGUCGUCAAGACCCGUAUCCAGCUCGACCCCGCUACCUACAACCGCGGUCUCGUCGGUGGUUUCCGCCAGGUUGUCCAGAAUGAGGGUGCUGGUGCCCUCCUCACUGGUGUCGGCCCUACCUUUGCCGGUUACUUCCUCCAGGGUGCCCUGAAGUUCGGUGGUUACGAGUUCUUCAAGCAGCAGUGGAUUGACGCUCUCGGCUACGAGACCGCCUCCAAGAACCGAACUGCUGUCUACCUCGCCUCUUCCGCCACCGCUGAGUUCUUCGCCGAUAUCGCCCUCUGCCCUCUUGAGGCCACCCGUAUCCGUCUCGUCUCUGAGCCCACCUACGCCAGCGGUCUCGUCUCUGGCUUCGGCAAGAUUGUCAAGAACGAGGGUGUCGGUGCUCUCUACGCCGGAUUCGGACCCAUUCUCUUCAAGCAGUGA